GCGACUCGAGGUCCUCAAAGCGCGCGGACGCGUAGCUCAUCAUGCACGCGCAACCAGUAGAAUAUAGUGCUACCGUUUUCUAAACGUCUGCUAUUUUACUUUGCCAUAGCGAUAUUUAUGUUAAUUCGAGCAAAUGUUUUACAACGCAUAUGCAUUUUAUUUAGUAUUACAAAGUAGGUAGCCUACUUUCGUUUAACUUAUGACAACCAUUGUGUUGCUUUGCUUGUAAGAUGUAAACACAAACUGCAGAUACAGUUCCUAGGUCUUGGAGAAUGAGGAAGAGGCAAAUGCUGUAGAGGGACCGGUAGCGCCACCCUUGUGCGACAAACGGUGUUGAUGUCGCCCAUGUCGACGUUAAGACAGACGUAGACCUGUGACAGAGUGCCGAGGGGGAGGGGAGGACCGACGGUGGGAGGAGCGCGCCAGGGUGCACCCAUUUCUAUGGAAACUGUGAGCCUGCUGAGUAGAAAGAUGCCCUUCGCACCCAGGAGCACACUGAACUGUGCCAAGAUGCAGACCAAGAUGAGCACCUGGACCCCACUGAACCACCAACUGUCCAACAAUAACGUGUUUGAAGAGAGGAGAAACUUGUUGAGAAAGUGGUUUGACAAGUGGACUGAUGGCCAGAGGAAGGCCGUCCUGCAGGACUUCUUCUCCAGGUGUACUGUGGUCCAGUUAAGGUUCCUGCGCCAGAGUCUGAGCCUCCAGGUAGCGGAGGAGGCGGUGGACUUCACCUCCGUCCUGCCCAGAGUUCUGUCUCUCUACAUCUUCUCCUUCCUGGAUCCACGAAGCCUCUGUAGAUGCACUCAGGUGAGUUGGCAUUGGAGAGGGAUAGUGGACCUAGACCAGCUGUGGAUGCCCAAGUGUCUGAGGCUGGGCUGGUACAUCAGCUUCUCCCCCAGCCCCUACGAGCAGGGUGUGUGGAAGAGACACUACCUAGAGACAGUCAAAGAGCUCCACGCCAGCAGGCCCAAGACUCACACACAGCAGGAGUUUGUGGUCCCGGAGGUGACAGCUAUCAGCAGGGUGGAGAAGGAGCCAUCAGAUGGUGCUCUUCGAGGGGUUUACUUGGCGUCUUCCAUCCAGAGAGCCAGGGGCAGCACUGGGAGGAGCUCAGGGACACAGCCCACUGAACUACCCCCGUGGCGGGACUCCGACAGACAUCCCAAAGACACCCUGCGUUUCAACUAUCUGGCUAACCUUGACCCCAUAGAACAGUCCCACCAAGUACGAACGACAAGCCGAGGCGUCAACCUCCCAAUCAAGGCACAGCCAGACACCGCCAGCAAGAAACCGCUGUCUGCCGCCAAUUAUAAACUACGCAAAGCAAAGUCAUUGAUGUUCCUAUCUCUGGACCUGGGUUCGGGGUCCAGACCGCGCCCACAACAGAAGCGCCCCCCCUGGGCCAGUCACAACCCGGACUACCCCGACUCCAAGGACACCACUAAGAGCCUGUCGCGGUCGGCCCACUGGAAUGCCGGAAUACGCCCGGGGCCGGUGAGGCUAGCGGUGCCCACACUAAGCCGCGGCGCCUUGAGGGUGUCACAGCGGACGCAGAGGAGCGCGCCCACUACACCUCUAUUUGAGAGCCAGCCAUGGAAGGUACCUGUUCACAAUCAGGACUCUGAUGAGGAGUGAAGCUUGGCUCCCCCUGGAGGAGCACUAGAGUACUGCAGCAGUCAGACGAUGUCGUUCACAGUGCUACUGGACCGAGGGAGAACAGAAGAACAUAGCUCACUCCUUAAUCCUCUCACCCAUGAGUAAUAAUUCUUUCCAGAAACAGAUCAUGGGCAUUUAAUUAGAGUUCAAGAACUGUACCAGUUUUAUUUUCAAUCCACACAUCCGUUCCAUAUGCGAUAUGAAGCGAAAAGCAAUUAUUAACAUUGAAUCAGCUUCUCAAACGAUGAAACAAAUGGCAUUGUCAGUUAUAAACAAAUCCAAAUAUUUAACACAGCUUGCAUACAACACAGUAGCAUAUUUCAGGCAGAACUAAGUUUCACUUUGAUAGACAGAAGUAAAAAAGAUAAAAGGCUUUUAUAACAUACUCAGGCAUCUUGAGAUACAGUAUCAAUAUCAUACGUACAUUUAGCUCUACAUUUCUGAAUGUGUAGCUUACGUACAGUAUUCAUUCAUUGCAUCUAGAAAUUUGCAUCAAACACCCAAAAAGUAUGGCUCAAACUUACCAUCAUAUAUUAUGGAAUACCAAAAAUGAUCAAAAAUAUAUAUAAAACACUUCACAAUUGACAAGUUACAAUUAACAUUGGAUAUCUGAUAUUGUUCUUUUUCUAUUAGAUUUGGUGUUAAGUGGUUAAAAUAGAGGUACUGAGAGGCAGAAAUGUGUACAAGUUUAUGGCUUUUAAUUGGUUUGAAGCCUGGCUGAAAUAUUUGUUUCGACAAAUCUCUAUAAUGUUGGCUUGAAGAAUGUUGAAAAGAUGAAAUGAAAAGAUGUCUUUACUGUACUAGGCUCUUAUGUACUUUAUCCUUGAACAAAAUACAUUAAUAACAAGCGAUUGUCUGACAGUGUUAGUCAGCUCACCAAGCUUUGUCCUUUGUUCCAUUCAACUUCUUGAUGCCCACACACUGGCAUGCUACUGUAUGCAGGAUACAAGCUUAGAUAUUCUUAUAAUGCCCCUUUGGUCUAUUUUCAUUGAAAAGCAACAAUGACACGUGUGUAAAAAUGAGUGUGUGAGUACGUGAGAGAGAGGUCUCUAAGGCAGAAACUGAUGCACAUAGAUUCAACAGAAGUCUGAAAAGGGAUAUUUUUAACCAAACUUAAUAUCCAAGACGGACCAAUUUAGUACUGGGAUAUGGCCUGGCCUCAGUGUGUCAUUCUUCAAAACCCACAAUAAGUGACACAACAGUAGUAAGUAGAAAUAGAAGGGGGAACCAGCUUUCAUCUUCCAAAUUGGCACUUGUGUGACAUGGGAAAACUGUCACUCCUUUUCAGAGCAGAUCAGUUUCCUGUAUUGAAGGCAGAGGUGGAGGUACCAAGAGGCUGCUAAGGAGACUGGAGAACUACGAAAAUGACAAGAACUUUAAACUCCUCACCUCCACCUGAAUACCUGAGCAGAAAUCUCAGUGGUGAAGAAAUGUUUUUUGCCCUUGUUUUACUUAAAAAAUACUUGACAUCAUUUAUUUUAUUCAUAAUUAAAGCUGCUUUUUGUGGAGCCAUUGGAUUUCUGUUAGGUACAAACAGCCACACAAACAAUGGAUAAAACACAC